UGAAGCACAAUGGCGGCGAAACUGAAUCACUUGCAACUUUUUUGUGGUCUGUUAUUUCCUUACAGCAAUAUUGCUACAAAUGAGUCUAACGUUUGCUACAGAGUUAACGUGUGACGACAAUGGCUACAUUUUAUAUUGUCCGUGCAUGGGUACAUGUCCCCUACAGUGAGUUCUUCCAGCUAGAGGCCCUGACCCACUACCACUGCGUGGUAAGCCUAGAGGACUUGAUGAAGCAGCUGGCCCCAACACUCUGGCCUAAGGGCAGCCUACUUAGUCAGCUGCCCAGAGGAGUGUAAGACAAGAAGUCCUGCCCCAUGAAGGUUCCCUCCGUCAGAGAGCCCUGUCCUGGUGCCCUGUCCUGGUGCACGGUCCUGGUGCCCCAGCUCAGUUCCCUGUGAUACUGCUGCAGACCCAUAUACUCCUGUAUGUCGUGUAGGAGGGAGGAACAGGAACCAGAUCGCUGCUCGGCUGCCCAGGCCAUAUGUGGACAUACAGCUGAGGAUUGGUUCUGGUUGGAUGAGCUGGGAAUACACACAAAUACACACACUCAGCCCGUGUGGCUCAGUCGAUGAGCUGGGAACACACAAAUACACACACUAGACCCGUGUGGCUCAGUCGAUGAGCUGGUUACACACACUAUGUCCGUGUGGAUCAGUCGAUGAGCUGGGAACACACAAAUACACACACUUGGCCCGUGUGGCUCAGUCGAUGAGCCGGGAACACACAAAUACACACACUUGGCCCGUGUGGCUCAGUCGAUGAGCCGGGAACACACAAAUACACACACUUGGCCUUUGUGGCUCAGUUGGUAAAGCAUGACCAUGUGUUAUAACCCCCUCACCAUGACCAUGUGUUAUAACACCAUGGCCAUGUGCUUCCCGAAUCUGGCUGAGAUCCGCCGGGCCCUCAAGCUCUGGGUCAAGAAAACCUCUGCCUGUUCUGUUUACAUCGCCUCAGUCCCACCUCACUGAGAUCCAAAAGUUCUUCCAAUAAAGUGAGCUUGGAGUGAUCGAUUAGAUGAUGAUCUUUGUCAGUAAAAAUAAAUACAAAUACCUAGUACAUCCAUUUUUCACAGGUGUUGCGAUGUUGGUUAACAUGCUUUGUUUUUGCCUACUGCUUUAUUCAGUGUAUCAUUGUUUCUGUCCAUGCCCAGGUGGUGGUGAGCUUCAAGCCAGACUUGGCCCAGAUGGACUUGUACACCAUAAGCCAGUCUGACCACUUCGUUGGGAAUAGUGUAUCCUCCUCUUCCUGCUUUUGUCAAACGAGACCGUGAUGUCCAUGCCCGGCCGUCGUCUUUCUUCGGGAAUGGAUUAAACUGGAACAUUUAACAAGCAAGACGAGCUGUGGAGAUUUGCCCUUCCUGGGUAGUCCAUGACAAAUUGCUUUUAGAGUGGCUUUUUAAUCUUGGGUGAGGAGGAAGGACAUUGCAGUGUAGGAAUGUGAUCCAUACUCACUAUUACAGUGAUGUGGUGAUAAAAAAUGUUUUUAGUCAACUCUGAUCACCGUUCGCGGUGAAUAAAGUAACGCUCCCAUUCUCUUUCCGCUAAACCCUUACGCAGAAUAAUGAAUUUGUGUUUACCCUCCACAACACAACUGCUAUUAAACAAGCAGUAGUAUUAUUACACACACUGUAUACAUGACAUUAUUAUACUCUUCAUAGCAUCAACAAUCCAGGCUGCAUCACAUCCGGCAAUGAUUGGGAGUCCCAUAGGGCGGCGCCCAAUUGGCCCAGCAUCGCCUGGGGUAGGACGUCAUUGUAAAUACGAAUUUGUUCUUCACUGAUUUUCCUAGUUAAAUAAAAUAAAAAAUCAAUUUCCGCAAUACCUUCUAUGCUGCACAACGCAUCACCGGGGGCAAACUACCUGCCCUCCAGGACACCUACAGCACCCGAUGUCACAGGAAGGCCAUAAAGAUCAUCAAGGACAACAACCACCCGAGCCACUGCCUGUUCACCCCGCUAUCCAGAAGGCGAGGUCAGUACAGGUGCAUCAAAGCAGGGACCGAGAGACUGAAUAACAGCUUCUAUCCCAAGGCCAUCAGACUGUUAAACAGCGAUCACUAACAUUGAGUGGCUGCUGCCAACAUACUGACUCAAAUAUCUAGCCACUUUAACAAUUAAAAAUUGGAUGUAAUAAUUGUAUCACUAGUCACUUUAAACAAUGCCACUAUAUAAUGUUUACAUACCCUACAUUACUCAUUUCAUACUGUACUCUAUACCAUCUACUGCAUGUUGCCUAUGCCGUUCGGCCAUCGCUCACCCAUAUAUUUAUAUGUACAUAUUCUUAUUAAUUCCUUUACACUUGCGUGCAUUAGGUAGUUGUGAAAUUGUUAGAUUACUUGUUAGAUAUUACUGCAUGGUCGGAACUAGAAGCACAAGCAUUUCUCUACACUCGCAUUAACAUCUGCUAACCAUGUGUAUGUGACCAAUAAAAUGUUAUUUUAUUUAUAGCCACAGCUAUAAACAAGUAACUGCCAAAAUACAGGAAACACCAACAACGUCUUAAUACGACAUGAGUCAGAACAGCUUCAAUGCACCUCGGCGUAGAUUCUACAAGUGUCCAGAUCUCUAUUGAAGAUUCUGAUGUUGGCGUCUCUGAUAUUGUGAACUCUUGACUCUGUACAAUACUUGAAGGAAAGAAACUCAAGGCCAGUUUGUCUGGGGACCAGUCACGAUGUCUAAGACCAGAGAGUCGGUGAAGGUGGUGGUUCGCUGUCGACCCAUGAAUGAGAAGGAGCGGGCAGCUAACUUUGAGAGGGUGGUGCAGGUGGAUGUGAAGCUGGGCCAGGUGGCCGUGCGAAACCCCCGGGGGGCUGCAGCCCACGAACACCCCAAGGUCUUUACAUUUGACUCAGUGUACGACUGGAACUCCAAACAGUUGGAUCUCUAUGAUGAAACCUUCAGGCCCCUGGUGGACUCUGUCUUACUUGGUUUCAAUGGGACCAUAUUUGCGUACGGCCAGACGGGUACAGGAAAGACCUACACUAUGGAGGGGGUGCGCAAUGACCCAGAGAGAAGGGGUGUAAUCCCCAAUUCCUUUGAGCAUGUCUUCACACACAUCUCCCGCUCCCAGAACCAGCAGUACCUGGUGAGGGCCUCGUACCUGGAGAUCUACCAGGAGGAGAUCAGGGACCUGCUGUCCAAGGACCAGUCCGGCCGGCUGGAGCUGAAAGAGAGGCCAGACACAGGUGUAUAUGUCAAGGACCUCUCCUCCUUUGUCACUAAGAGUGUACGAGAAAUAGAGCACGUCAUGAACGUGGGGAACCAGAACCGCUCAGUGGGCUCCACCAAUAUGAAUGAACACAGUUCCCGGUCACAUGCCAUUUUCGUCAUUACCAUCGAGUGCAGCGAGCUGGGCGUCGACGGAGAGAACCACAUUCGAGUGGGCAAACUGAACCUGGUGGACCUGGCUGGCAGUGAGAGGCAGACCAAGACAGGAGCGCAAGGAGAGCGCCUGAAGGAAGCCACCAAGAUUAACCUGUCGCUGUCAGCCUUGGGGAAUGUCAUCUCUGCCCUGGUGGAUGGCAGGAGCACCCACAUCCCCUACCGCGACUCCAAGCUCACCCGCCUGCUACAGGACUCCCUGGGGGGCAAUGCCCACACAGUCAUGGUGGCUAACAUCGGACCAGCAUCUUACAACGUGGAGGAGACACUGACCACAUUACGCUACUCAAACCGGGCCAAGAACAUUAAGAACAAGCCCCGCGUCAACGAGGACCCUAAAGAUGCUCUGCUCAGAGAGUUCCAGGAAGAGAUUGCUCGGCUCAAAGAACAGUUAGGGAAACGCUCAGGGAAGAAGAAGAGGAGGAGAAGGGGGUUUGGAGAAGCUGGGGAUGAACUACAAGAGGACAUAGAGGAUGGAGAGACGGAGGAGGAGGAUGAUGAUGAUGAUGGUGGUGUAGAACCAUCUGAUAAAGUGGGUGCAGAUUAUUGGCGUGUACAGCAGGAGAAGUUGGAGAGGGAGAGGAAGGCCAUCAUGGAGGAUCACAGUCUGGUGGCGGAGGAGAAACAGAGGCUGUUAAAGGAGAAGGAGAGGAAGAUGGACGCCCUGAAAAAGGAGCAGGAAGCAGGCGAGAUGCUUACUGCCAAAGUCAAGGCAAUGGAGAGUAAGCUUCUGAUGGGUGGGAAGAACAUUGUGGACCACACCAAUGAACAACAAAGGAUCCUGGAACAGAAGAGACAGGAAAUUGCUGAACAGAAACGCAGAGAGAGGGAGAUGAAACAGCAGGUGGAGAAUCGUGACGAGGAGACCCUGGAGUUGAAGGAGACGUACAGCUCUCUACAACAGGAAGUAGACAUCAAGACCAAGAAGCUGAAAAAGCUGUUUGCGAAGCUGCAGGCAGUGAAAACAGAGAUCUAUGAGGUCCAGGAGCUGCACAUCAAGGAGAGACAGGAGCUGGAGCAGACCCAGAACGAGUUGACCAGGGAGCUCAAACUCAAGCAUCUCAUCAUUGAGAAUUUCAUCCCCAUGGAGGAGAAGAAUAAGAUUGUGAACAGGGCGUUCUUCGACGAGGAGGACGACCACUGGAAGAUGCGUCCCAUCACCCGCAUAGAAGAUGACCAGCAGAUGAUGACCAGGCCAGUGUCAGCGGUGGGCUACAGAAGACCCCUGAGUCAGCACGCCCGCACGUCCAUGGUGAUGAUGGCUGACGUCAGAUAUAAGUCUGAGAAUAUCCUGAUGCUGGAGAUGGACCUGCCCGCUCGGACCACUAUGGAGUAUGAGGAGCCAGUCAUAGCGCCCACGGUAGCAGCAGCGUUGGAGGAUGCUCUGCGGGAAGAGGAUGCGAUCCAGGUGGAUGCCUCCAGGUUCCACAGCAGCCUCGAGCCCGCCAGCACUGGGGCAGUCAAGAAACCAAAGUCUGGCCGCACCAAUGUCAGAGGAAACGGUGUACAGCUGGCGACCGAAGUCAGCUUGCAGCCGCACAGCCCCGCCACAAGGAGUUGCUAGAGCGCGAUGAUACAAGAAAAUCCCAGCCGGCCAAACCCUCCCAUAACCCGGACGAUGCUGGGCAAAUUGUGCGCCGUCUCAUGGGUCUCCUGGUGAUGGCUGACUGUGACACAGCCUGGGAUCGAACCCGGGGCUGUAGUGAAGCCUCCAGCACUGCUGUGCCACUCGGAAGGCCCAGCUGCAGAGGGCCCAUGCCAAAUCUUUUCAGCCUCCUGACAACUGUUGGUGUGUGUGUGGACCAUGAUAAUUCCUUAGUGAUUAGGUGUUUUAAUCCCAGGGUCCUGAGCUUGGAGAGGAAUGGACAAUGGUGUUGAGCUCAGCCUUCAAUAAACAGCAUUCCAACGUUGUAUCAUCUAUGGAUCUGUUGGGGCAGAAUGCGAAUUGGGAGUGGGUCCAGGCUGUGACCAGCCUUUCAAAGCUUUUCAUGGCUCGAAAUGUGAGUGCUACGCGGCGAUAGUCAUUUAGACCUGUUACCUUGGAGUUCUUGGGCACAGAGCCUUUGGUGGUCUGCUUGAAUUAAGUAUUACAGACUGAGUCAGGGAGAUGUUGAAAAUGUCAGUGAAGACACUUGCCAGCUGGUCAGUGCAUUCUGAGUUCUGGUAAUCCGGCUGGCCCUGCAGCCUUGUGAAUGUUUAACGUGUUUAAAGGUCUUCCUCACAUCAGCUACGGAGAGCGUGAUCACACAGUUGUCCGGAACAGCUGGUUGCUUGCCACAGUGUUGGUUGCCUCAAAGCAAGGUAUUUAGCUCGUCUGGUAGACUCGCGUCACUGGACAGCUCGCGGCUGGGUUUUCCUUUGUAAUCCAUGAUGGUUUGCAAGCCCUGCCCCCUCUGAGCGUCCGAGCCGGUGUAAUAGGUUUUGAUCUUGGUCCCAUAUUUACAUUUUGCCAGUUUGAUGGUUCAUUGGAGGGCGUAGAAGAAUUUCUUAGAAGCGUCCGGAUUAGUGUCCCGCUCUUUGAAAGGGGGAACUCUGGCCUUUAGCUCAGUGCGGAUGUUGCCUGUAAUCCAUGGCUUCUGGUUGGGAUAUGUACGUCCGUUUUUUUUCCCCCCGCCUCUAGUUGCACAGGUGACAUGCUGGUAGAAAUUAGGUCAAUGGUUUUCAGUUUCCCUGCAUUAGUCACUGGCCACUAGGAGCGCCACCUCUGGGUGAGCAUUUUCUUAUGGCCCUAUACCGCUCUUUGAGUGUGGUCUUAGUGGUGGUAAAUGGACAGCUACAAAAAAUAAAGAAACUCUCUUGGUAAAUAAUGUGGUGCGUGGGUCAGCUGUUUAUUUAACUGCACCCACCCACAAUUGCUAAUAACCCAUCCGCAACUGCCUGACUACAUGUGAAAACCUAAGGCCCACACCAAACCCUAUCGUGCUAAUAUAGAAAAUGCACUGCAGGCUACAGUCAGUCGGUGGAACAUAUUUGAUGGGGUGGAGAAUAUAUUUUUUUUAAUUUCCCAGAUUUUUAAAAUGUAUUUUUUUUUUUUUUUAGAUAUGUUUCUGCUUGUAAUUUCCAAUAUUUCUGUAGGCUAUUUGUUAGUCAACUUGUCUAUAAUUAGAUCCAUGCAGCUUCUCUUCUGACAUUAUAUGUUGACCUAGAAGACUAAAUAAACCAUUGCUCAACAGAAUGUCAUACAUUUAUAGAAUGAAUGCUUCAAUCUAGUUGACAUCUAUAAAGUUUCUGUCAUCUCCAUUUGUGGAGCAAAGACGUUUAGGGACCGGGGAUAAAAGACAAUAAUAGAAACAAAUACUAAUGUCCAAACGACAUCAGUUUGACUGUUUGUAUGGAAAUAGAAAGCUGUGAAAAUGACCCAAUGUUUCUGAAAAAGAGUUCAGUUUGGGCCGAAUGCUUAUUUUAUGUGGUUUAAAUAUAAUCCAUGUCUUUCACCUCCGACUCAAUUGAAGUAGAAAUCUUCGUUCUUAAUCGAGGUUAGUGAUCGCUGUUCUGAUGUCCAGAAGCUCUUUUCUGUCAUAAGAAAUGAUGACGGCAACAUUAUGUACAAAGAAAAGUCACGAUCAGCGCAAAAACAUAGCACAAUUGGUCAGGAGCUAUAAAAUGGUCACUUCCCUCCAGUGCCAUUCUGGGUUUUGUCCUUAGUUAUUUCAGUAGGCGGGGUUUCUGCCUGUUUGUCACAGGUCUACUCGAUACCACAGGGUUUAUAAAGCAAUAAUCAUAAGCAAAUUUAGAAGCCAUCCAAUGAUGUUUCCACAUCGAUGUUCCUUCACCCCCCCACACACAAAAAAAUGUUCUCUUCUCUUCC